AUGGAGACUUCAUCACAUGAAAGUCUUCAAGACAAACUGCGUCAGGAACGAACAAAUGAUCAAUCAAUUCUCAGCCAGUGCAAUUUUGAGAUAAUUGAAAAGUAUGCAAGUUCGUCGAGCGACAAUGAUGGGGAAGGAGAAGAGGAGGAAAAUGUAGCCUGUCGAGGAGACGAUAAGAAUUGGCCAAGGGAACAGAGAAACUGUAGAAACAACCAAACUAGCCAAAGUGUGAUGGAGAAUCCACUGAUGUGCAUUGGUCAAACAAACGACAACCUGAAGGUAAGCUUUCCACCAGCCCUACACAGAAGCAAGCUGAAUUUGCAAAAAGACGAGAUAGGGGAAAAACUGGACCUGAGGAAAAUUUAUGAAGAGAGUUGUGGUGAUAUGAAGAAAAAAAAAGACCUAGAAGAAAAUCAUCAUGAGAAUACAAAAAGGGAAGAUAAAAAUACUGAAUUGGUCGAAAUGCGAGAAUUGAAUAAGUGCAAAAAUUCUCAAAAUGAUAAAAUUGAAGAGAAUUAUCACCACAAGAAGGAUGGGAUGCAAAAGUACAACGUGAUAUUUGAACUGAACAAAAAUGAAGUAGCAAAGCUACAGUGGACAAAUCCAGUAUAUGAUGAAGAAAUUCGAGAAAUAAAAAAUUUGCACAAAAUAAAAUUGCAUGAAGUACGAUUCGAUUUUGAAGGCAAAUUAAGAAUACAAGUAAAUGAAAAUGAACUUAAUAAAAUAACAAAUAAACAAAUCUAUAAUUAUUUUGAUGGAUUAUAUCAUCACAAUGAUGAACCAUUAAAUAGUGGGUACACAUUUACAGAACUCGUGCAUUUAUGUCAAAGCUUGUAUAACAAUCAAGUAUGUAUAUCUCUUAAAAUUAUGAAAAAUGUAUUCACAAAAGCAUAUUUAAAAGUUUCUCAUCUGAAUGAAGAAUUUAAAUCUACUCUUAAUCUCGAUACUGUUAACUUUUUGAGGAAAGACAAAUAUUCAUUUGGAUUUACAUACAAAAGGUUUUUCAAUUACCUAAACAAUGACUUAAACAUAUUCAACAAGUUAAUAUUUAUAUUAAACCAUAAUAGAAAUAAAAAUAUCGAAAUUAGUUGUCUGAAUUGUUUGGCUAGCUACACAUUCCCGAACAAUGUAUGUACAUUAAAAGAGGAAGUCAUUUUUGAUUAUUCUUCGAAGCAAAAUUCUCCAGUGCUCAAAUAUUUUUACGACUAUGAACUGUUUUCCUACUUGGACUUUUUUAGUGAUAGCAUUUUUCUUUUCGAGGGAUAUAACGUUUAUUUUUACACUACUAGGAAGAGGGAAGGAGUGGAGAGAGGAGAAAAUGGAGAGGAAAAUGGAGAGGAAAAUAGAGAAAAAAAUGGAGAAGAAAAUGGAGAAGAAAAUAGAGAAAAAAAUGGAGAAAAAAAUGGAGAAAAAAGUGGAGAAAAAAAUGGAGAAAAAAAUGGAGAAAAAAAUGGAGAAAAAAAUGGAGAGAAAAAUGGAGGAGAAAAUAACACCCCAAAUGGAGACACACAAAGGGGGGAGGAGACAGAAUACCCGAGGGACAACUGCACUGAAACGAAUAGCACAGAAUGGUCGGAUGUCACGAAAAAACUGGGAAAAAAAUGCAAAAAAUAUAUAUUAAAAGAAACAUGGAUAACUGGAGAGAUAAUUUCAGAUUUAGAAACUCUGAACAACUGUAUUGAUGAUAUGCUAGAAAUGCAUAACAUAAAUUUUAAAAUGAUUUAUUUGAAUAAUUUUGAAGGAACCAAGCAUAUGGAUAUACUCACUAAUAUCAGCACCAUUAUGGUCAAUAACUUUGGCUCAGUUGAAGUGGAAAAUAGUUGUAUAUGUCUUUUAAUAGGAUUACUAAUCAGAAAUAGAGAAGCCGUGAAUAUAUUAAAAUGUGAAAGCUUGUUAAAAAGUUUAGAAAAUAUUUAUGUGUCUAAGAUAGUAGGUAGCGAACUGAACGAGGUUAGAAAAAAAAAAGAAACGUACGAAAAGUAUAAAAAGGAAGAAAAUAGCCACAUCGAAAUAAAAUUCAUUCACAAUUUAAUAAUGUUAAUAAAGUAUACCCUUAUUUACAAUUAUGACAAAAAUUUUUUACAAAAAUUUGACAUUUUGUCAUUUUUGUUAUUCUAUAGAACUCUUCCAUUUAACAAAAAGAAUGGAGACAAAAGAAUUUCCUUUUUCCUUGCUAGCGAAAUUUUGAAAAUAUUCAGACUUCUACUCUAUUGCAACUUGUAUAUAGAGCCCGUUGAUUAUUUUCAUCAGCUGAUUAACGAUAUUCAUAAAAUAAAUACUACUGACGACCAUGUAGUGUAUAAAAAGUUUCUCUCACAAGCUUAUUUGUAUCUGACCACUUACAACAUCGUAGGAUCGAAUACCGACUUAUCAGGAUUUUUGUAUACAAAUAAAAUCAUGAACACUCUGAAAAUUCAAAUGAGUACUGUUUUUAACGUUAAUGUAGAUACUUACAAAUUAGAUGAACCAAUAUCAGGUGUGUUAAUCAAAAGGGAUGAAAAAAAAACCAAAAAAUGGAAUUUUAAUCAUUUAUGCAAUCUGGAAUUAAUUUACCAAUGUGGGAUAUACUUUUUCUCUGUCUUCUGGUUUAUAAGGAAAAAUCGUGUGCCCAAAGAAAAGUAUAUUAGUUAUGACAAUACACAGUUACUCUUAAAAAUGUUGAAACUUAUAACCCCCUUUGUAAUCGAGCAGUUAAACUAUUUAUUAGAAGCUUAUGCAGAGAUGGAGAAUCAAGAGGAUACGUGUGAUAUGAAUAUAAUUAAAAAGAUAAUUCAUCAGAUGAAUAGUUCUCCUAUUCCCUUCAACUACAUUAUUUACAAAAAUGAAAUCGAUUUGCAUUUCUUCUUUGUUAUUUAUCUCCAAAUUAUUAAUAUUAUUUUGCUUAUCGUCUUAGAGCUACAUUUUUUUUUUUUUUCAUCCGAUAAACAUAACGAUAUAGUAGUAAAUUCACUUAAACACAUUUCGGAAGAUAUUACACAAUUUGAACAAGAAACGCUAAUACAUUUUAAAAAAAAUAUUUUUCAUGUGGAAAAUGUGUUAGAUUCGUAUAACAUCUUCUUACCCCUUUCAUACCUUUUUUACAACAUUCAUACACUUUCAAAUGUUCGUUAUAGUAUAUCCACUCUCACCAAUCAAUCGGACAAUGAAAAUGUGGACAGGCUGCUCUAUUCAAUCAGCUUAUGUUCAUCUGUAUCAUUAACUUACAUCUGUUUGAAGAAAAUUUUUGUCAAUCCGGUUGUUGGUACCAUGUGUGGGGUUGAAGAAAAGGAGCCAAAAGCUCUUUUAUCGGAGAAUUUUGAACAGUUUGGAAACAUUUCAAGUAGAGAAAAAGAUAAUUAUACACAUGAAAAAGAGAGAAAAGAAUUAGAUACUUACCUCGUAAAAAUGAAUAAACAUGAUGAGAAAAUAAGUAAAGAAACAUCUCCAAAUAGUUAUGACCACAUUAACAUUCCGAAACACAUCAUACUAUUUCUAAGGAAGUACAUGCAGGGAAAAUCCAUGCUAUACCAUAGCAAGAAAAAUAUCCUUUUUCUACUUCUUAAGAAUGUGUUCAAGGAAUGCAAUCAUCCAAUGGAUGAUAAAAUAGGAGAAAAAAGAGAUAGAGGAAGAAAUAACUUGGAAGAAGCUAACAAUCAAAGUUCUCACAGUGAAGCUGUCAAUGUUGGUUUGACUGAUGAGGAAGAGACAUAUAUUUCCCAUGUACUAAAAUUUUUAUUGAAUAGACACAUUAUCUAUUUUGUCAGAAAACACAUAACAGUAUCAACAUUUCUUAAAUUUUUCAUUCAACUUUUUAUCAUAAAUGAGUGCAAAUCCAUUGGGGAUUCCCUGAGUGAGAAGAAAGAUAUUUAUACAGAUCUGCUACUCAUAGUACAAGAGUACAUAUUUAAACCAAUAUCAUGUUCGGCUAAUAAUGGGGAAAUAGAAAACUCCUCAUCUGCAGAAGAAAUCCCAUGUGUGCAUCAUAUUUAUAACAUUAUAAGCGAUUUUCAAAGGGACGAAAUUGGAGAUGAUAAGGAAAGAGAAAAGAAAGAGAAUGGUGAUAGUAGGAUUGGUGUUGACAGAUACAACUACCUACUCAGCCAACAUGUUACACGCAUUUUGGAAAAAAAUAAAAGAAACAUAAAAUCGUGUAUUGAACAAAAAAAAAUACAAAUUAAUUCCAAAUUAUCCGUUAUGAUUUUUGAAAAAAUUAUUGAAUCAUUUAAAAUGGCAUAUUUUUUUAAUCCUCUAAUAUUAUCAAUUUUAUUUUUUUUUUCAUCUAUAUCAUUUCCAGUGGAGUGUCGAAAUGUAUUCUACAGUGAUAGAGAUUUAUUAAAGAUUUUAUCAAAAAAUGUAUUUAUUUGUUUCUCUCCUGACAGUAAGAAUUAUGUUGUUUUCACGACAUCUACUUAUUAUGGAAAGGCAGAAAACAAUUACCUAAUUGACUUGACUGCACUUUUCCCCUCCAUUUUUUCCUUCAUAUUGGACAAAUCAGGUGCACUGUGUUUUCCCCACAACAUGCACGAUUAUUUCAGGGGCCUUCAAUCGGAAUACCCUUACCCGAUGGAUAACUCGUUUUCAUUAAUACGUCCCACCCCCCAAUGUAUCUGGUGUAUUGCAAAAUAG